UUCACUGCAUCUAAUUUUUAAUACAAUGUUCAGCUCUUUAUAAAUUGCUUUAUGCUCCAGGUAAUCAAUGCAUUGCAAUUGAGCUGGUGCUUUAGAGAAACUACUUAAUUUACAAAUUAAUUUAAUUUCAAAAGGACCUGCAGAUCAUUUUUCAAUAAAAAAAAUCUCAUUGCAGAAAGUGAAAAAAGCUCUGCCUCUGGGAUACUCAGUGUGACCAGUGGGUCUGGAUGGGGAUUUUCCUUGAACCCACAGGCAUUAGGGGCGCGUUUUCUAGCGAUGCCUCUCUCAUUUGCCCUCGUUUUGCUGAUUCCAUUUCCUUCACAGACUUUUUACGCCAUGACACUUUUUUCUUGUAGGGGGGUUCUGCUAGUAGCUGAGGUGAGCAGCCGCUUCAGUGAUAUCAGACAGUUUCUUAACGCUAUGUCUCUGCUGGGAUUCAAGAAUGUUACAAAGAACACAGACAACAGCUACUUCUACCUCUUUGAGUUCAAUAAAACCAGCCUAGGCAAAGAUUGUUCAAAGCACCCGGGGUUGCAGCUAACCCCAUGUUUGUACAAGAAGAGGUGAGGUUACACUUUGCUUUUGGAGGACCUAAGAAUGGAUAGAGUUCCGAAGAGCUGAGACUUAAUGUUCUGAGAUAGCAGAGACUGAGAAGGUCUUCAAUCCCAAGAAGACACCUUAACCUCUGAAGAGAUCCACCGGACCGAGAGAGCCGUGAAACACCACAUGUUACUGCUUGUGGAAGACCUUUUCCCAAACGGGGAGGUUUACUGGAGCCUUCUUAUGUUUUCCUUCCACAUAACUAGCUAUGGAUAGGGCCAAAUCUCACAAGAUUCUCUUCAAGUCUCAAAAUAUCUAUUAGCUGGGGAACUCCAACUAAGACCUAAGAAAUAAUCUGUGGUUCAGUUCCUAAUAUUUCUUCUGGCCCUUAGAUCUGUUGUUCUUCAACGUUUUAAUCGGCUAAGACAUUUUCAGAUCUUUUUUUUUUAAUAAAUGUAUUUAUAAAAA